AUGGACUGGAGUUGGCUGUUAUGGCAGGUCGUCUUUGCCUUUCUACUUAGCUUCUUCGCGACACGCCGGUCUCGCUCGGCCAUGCAGCGCUACGCUAAUGACCUCCGUCGCGCCGCCCAAGAGCUCUCCGUCCAGUCACAGCAGCUCACCGUCGUGGAGGAGGCCGCUAAGGAAUCUACCAAACAAUCCACCCGUCGCACGAAGGAACUGCAAACACUUCGGGACAACGUUGCCUCCCUCUCUGCCACCGUCGACUCCCUUACCGAUGAGCGGGACGCGGCGCGCGAGAAGAUGGCUUUUCUACGCGUCCGACUGGAUGACCUGUCCACCAAGCUCGCGAGAUCCGACGCAAGGAGGGAUAUACUUGAAAAGGAGAUCGCCGCAGCGCGCUUGGUGAAACUUGAGUUGCUGAGCAAAUUGCGCAUCGACGAAACCGAGCGCUUGUCUGCUCUCAACAGUUUACGACACCCGGCGGCCACGAGAGCGUCGCUCGUGCUACAGGGCUCGCCCGGGCCUCACAGCAUUAGCAGCGAAACCGCCCUCAGUCCGAUGGCUGUGGCCAAGAGCCCCAGCGAAAGCAUGCUUCUCGCCUUGCAUCCCGACUUAGACAUCUCCGAUGAUGACGAAGACGAGUUUAAUUUCAGGCAGGCCGAGCGCACCGGUAGAGAACUCGAGGCAAACAUGGUGCGAAAGUUUCCGAUGGCUGAUCGACUCAGGCCCGACGGGUCAACUGUAGGGGUCCGACGCAAGUUAGAUUUGCCUGAUGUCAAAUUGGGGAAGCCUGCUCUUACGGUAGAAGUUGACGGUACAGAGGGAAUCGAGGAUGGCAGUUCGAGCACCAAAGGAAAAUCAAGUUAUGAGAACAACGCUGCAGUCAACAGAGACAGCGAGCUGCCUCAGGUGUCUUCAGAUGACCAUCUUGAUAAUUCUUUAAUGAAAGACGACAGCACUUUGCAAGCAAAGAAGGCGGACGUCGACUCCUCUAUGGACUCCAAUGUUUGGGCAGUUCCGAACAGCGUGGAUUUGUACAGCGUACAAGAGCCUGUACCUCUUGUUGAACGACGGACGCCUCCUGAAGUCUAUCAUGCGAGGUCGGAACCUGGUUCUGCGGCGAAUGGUCGUGACGACAUGAAAGAGAGAUCCUCAGAACGCGAGAUGUUUAAUGCGGGUAGUUCCGUCGAAGAGAGGUCACCAGUGGGUGCGUAUCAUGCGAAACGAACCGUCCUAUCUGGGCAAUCCCUUGUUGACGAUGUUCCCCCAGCCAGCGCAAUAGACCCGACCAUUGAUGAGAAUAUGCAGCAAUUGGGAUGUAACAGAAGCCCUACCGAAGUCGCGCACUUUCCAUUAUCGGCGAAGGGCGCAGCAAAUGAGCUUCCCGACGAAAUUGUUGAACCGAAGAACAUAGGAGAGUCGAGCACUGGUCUGGAAGUCGGUCUGGAGUUUUCGGAGACAGUCCCUCUUUCCAUUUCCGCGCCGCCCUCAGCUGUGUUUACUGAGUUUGAUGAGGUAUCGGCUCCCACCAACGCUAUCGACCACCGAGAACAGGGACAGAAUCGUGAAACAUCUUUAGACCUCGAUUCUCAACGCCGGCGCUGUUCCCGUGAUUUAGACAGAGAGAUGCUGUCCUUAAAUCGAGCGCCAUGGAUUGAUACCUUAAAUCCUAAGCUACAGAACAGUGACGAAGGGAUGUCAAUUGCGUCCAUACUUCAACCGGCGAUUACUCAGACAUCAUCAUGUAUUGUUCCAGUGAGCACGAGAACUCGCUCAGGGACGUUGUUUGAUAGUACAGUACCCUCAGACACUCAAGGGAGUGGUUAG